GCCCGUCAAGCAAUUUUCCAUUCAUUAAUGAUUAUAAUGUUUAUCCAAGUUUGUGGGUGGUGUAUCAGCAAUUUAGCUUUUGUCUUUAUUUUUUUGUUUGUAACCGAUGAAUAUAUGAAAUGGUUAUUGUCUCUUUUAUUUUAUUCUUUGUCUUGUAUUGUAGCCAGUAGUGACCCUAUGGUUCUUUUAAUUACAAGGCAAGGAAAAUUCAAAAAAAAAUUAUUUUAA